GUGUUGUGACGGUUUUGUCAAAAUGACCACCAACGCCGAGAGGAAAUUUAUCAAUCUCAGGAAACGACUUGACCAGCUAGGAUACAGACAGCCUUUGGGCAUCGAAUCGCUGCCACUGGUGGAGAAGUUAUUCAAUGACCUGGUGCACACCACAGAGUCACUGCGCAAUGCUAAGCUGUGUGCGGGGAAGACGGAGAAGGAGAGCCGGAACAUGGAUGCUGUGCUGGAGCCGUACCGAGCAGAGAACGCUCGGCUGGUCAGAGAGAACAACCAGCUGCACCUGGGGCUCCUCAAGCUCCAAGAGGAGAAGGAGCGGCUCAACAGAGAGCAAAAGAUCACCAUCAGGAAGCUGGAGCAGGAGAUGUGUGAUCUGAAGUUCCUGAAUAAUCAGUAUGUGCACAAGGUACGGUCCCUGGAGAAGGACUGCAAAGCCAAGACCGAGCGUAUCCAGCAGCUACAGGAGAAAAACCUACAGGCUGUGGUGCAGACGCCAGGAGGAAAGAAGCGCUCCAUUCCCUUCAGACGUCAGCGGAUGCAGAUUGAUGACCUCAUCCCCCCUUCCAGUGGCUCCUCCCACCCCACAGCUCAGCCUGAUGACCCGUACAUUGCAGAUCUCCUGCAGGUGGCUGACAACAGAAUACAGGAGCUGCAGCAGGACCUGAGUCGAGUCAGCCUGGAACUGGAGCAGGCCCAGAGAGGAAUCUCAGCGCUCAACACACAGGUGGCUGAUCGCGACGGAGAAAUCGAGCGUCUGAAUCGCGCUCUGGUUGGAGGGCGUCCCCAUGAUGUCAUCUCUCUGGAAGCUCAGAACACCAGCAAUGAGAAGCUCAUUUCGCACCUGAAUCUGCAGAUAGAGUACCUGCAGGAGACGAACCGUGAGCUGGAGCAGCAGGUGAAGGAGGGGGCGCAGGAGAGGGCCAGCGGCAUGGAGCACCUGGGCACCCGUAACCAGGAGCUGUGCCAGGAGCUGAGCCACAUCCAGCAGCUGGCCCAGAGCAUGCAGCAGGACCGGCAGCUUGUGCUGGAGACGGCCGACGGGGAGCUGCACGAGGCCAAGGAUGAAAUUCAGCGUCAGAACAGAGUCAUUGAGGACCUUGAGGAUAUGGUCUCCAAACUGCAAAGGGACAUGGCAGAGAGUGAACGUGAGAAGGAGGGUGUGAGGGCGGAGCUUGCAGACAUUGUUGUGCAGAAGGAGAGUGUGAAGGGAGACAUAAGCUUCCUGGAAGAAGAAAAGAGGAGGCUUCAGGAGAAAGUGGAGAAACUCACAGCCACUGAGAAGGAGCUGGUGGUGGAGCUGGAGCGAAUGCGAGUUCGCUACGGAGUGUGCGGGACCCCGCGCUCCCCCUCUCGCCUGGACGCCUUCGUCAGGACCCUGGAGGAGGAGCGGGACUCCUACAAGCAGGAGGCGGAGCGUCUGCGGAGAGGCGGGGCACGAGGGAGAAGCCCCUCCCACAGCCCAGGGAAAGGGAGGAGUCCCAGACGAAGCUUUCACAGCAGGGGGCCCAGCUUCGAGGCGGAGCUCUGGCGUGCCGUGAGAGAGAGAGAUGAGCUACAGGAGACGCUGCUGGGGUUUGAGAGACACAUGCAGGAAAUCCAGUGCAGUGUGAAGGAGCUGACUGCUGAGAGAGACAGACUCAGCACCCUGUACCAGCAGGUGCUGGAGGAGCUGCAGCAGGUACGCAAUGGGGUGGAGUUCUCACAGGUGGAGGAGCAGAAGGAAAGGGCGGAGUCUGACCUGCGAAGAAUGACUGCAGAGAGAGACGCGCUCUACGAUCGGCUGAAGAUUGCCCACAGCGCAACACUGACAGAAAGAGAGGAGGAAGACAGGAGGUUCACCAACCUGGAGAACUUCAUACAGACACUGCAGAAAGAGCGAGCCGAACUACAGGCCCAGGUCGCGGUGCUAAAAGAGACCAAAGCCGCGGUGGAGGCGGAGCUACAAGCCCAGUCUGCUGUCCUGGUUAAGACUGCCGAGGAAGCGACACAGCACAGAGAAGAGGCCAGCACACUACGAUUGUUACAAGAUCAGAUGGACCAGUCUGUCUCAGAGUACAAGAACAACAUUUCUGUGAAAACGGACCAGCUGCAUGCUGCUCACGCCCAAAUCAAGAAACUGGAGGAGAGACUUGGGGAGCUGAGUUGCCGUGAUGAAGUGACCACACUGCAGAAGACGGUGGCUGCUUUGGACAGACAGAAGGAUGCUCUGCAAGAAGCCGUUGAUCAGAAGACUGAGAGGAUCGUCUCCCUGCAGGAUGAGAUCACCAGCAAGGAAAAGACUCUUGGAGCUGUGAGACUCACCGUCACUGAUAUGGAAAAGUCUCUACUGCAGCUGAAGGGGGUGCUGAGCAGCCGGGAGCAGGAAAUAUGCAGCCUGCGCAGGCAGCUGGACUCUGUGCAGGGCGAGCUGGCGGACGUGGGCCGCGGGAGAGAGGUCGCUCUGCGUGAGAACCGCAGACUGCAGGACGACCUGCUCACCAUGACCAGAGAGAACCAGGCAGUACAUGCAGAGAUGGAGGAAGCCCUGCAUGAGAAGGACGAGUUGAAGCUGAGGGUUCAGUCCUACAUAUCAGAGGUGGCCAGAAUUGAGAGUCUAAUGGCUGCCAAGGAGCAGGAGAACCGGGAGGUUCUGGAGCGGUUCCGCAUGGCCCACUCUCAGGCCGAGGACUCCGAGCUGAAGCUGCACCAGGCAGAGGGGCUGAACAACUCCAUCCGCCUGGAGCUCCUGUCUGCCGACACCGAACGCAGACACCUGAGAGAGAGAGUCAGCCACCUGGAGAGAGAGAUACAGGAGCACAUGAGUGCCCAGCAGGCAUACGAGGCACAGGGCUCCUCGCUGGUGAGGAGUCUGUCCCGCCUGGAGGAGGAGCUGCAGCUGGCCAAUACAGAGAGAGACUCCGCCCUCGCUGACCUGGCCUCCGUCAGGGAGCUCUGCGUCAAACUGGACUCCAACAAGGAAAUGACAUCACGCCAGCUCACCUCCAAGAGUAUGGAACUAGAAAGGGUGAUGGGAGAGCUAGAGGACGUGCGGUCGGAGGCGGACCUUCUGAAGAAGCAGCUGUCCAAUGAGAGGCUGACGGUGCGGAACCUGGAGACACUGCUCAGCAGCAACCGGCAGAAGGAGUUUGAGACGCACCUGAGCGCCAGCGAGCGCCAGUCUGAGCUCCAGGUGCUGCGAGAUCGCCUGACCCUCGCCGACAGUAAAGUUGUGACGCAGGCGAAGGAGGUUUCCCAGCUCAGAGGAAAGGUCUCCCAGCUGCAGACAGAGCUGGAUGUGCUGAAGAGACAGCUCACCAAAGAGCGCUUUGAGAGGGAGCGGGCGGUGCAGGAGAUGCGCAGACAGGGCGUGUCCUUCUCGUCCCUCAGAAGCUCCUCCCCCCUCAACUCUUCCCUCAGUCCCCGCCCCCCCUCUCCUGAGCGUUCCAUUCUGCGGACGUCCCCCGAGAAAAGUGUCAGCUUUAAAGAACCAUGAAGACCAGCACUGCAGCUGUGCGUCUGUCUGUGUAUGUAGGAACAGUGGUAUUAGACCCUGAAUCAUGCCUUAAUUAAACAUUCCAUUAUGUUCUGUUGUGGAAAAUGUUCAUAUUUAUGUAAAUGUAUUUGAAUAAACAUAUUUAAUUUUUUAAAGUUA